GCGCGCGCAGUUACAGCCAAAGUCCUACUUCUUCCCGAGUUCCAAAACUGUACUAGAGUGAGCUGCUACAUUAGCAUGCCCACUGGCGAGCUUCAAACAUCCGAAAUCUUGAGAUCAAUCCUCGAAAUAGGUAACAAGUCUUUGUUUGUGCCUAAGGUUACCCAGACUGGUGCCAUGGAAUUCUUAAAGGUGGAAAAUCAGAGUGAUCUUGAUGCUUUACCGUCUGGAAAAUGGGGCAUCCGCGAACCUUCUUAUGAAUCGGAUACAGGUCCGCGUUUGAACGCUAUGGAAGCCGGCUUGGAUCUAAUUCUAGUACCUGGCGUUGCAUUCGACCGUUCAAUGUCGCGUCUCGGGCAUGGAAAAGGUUACUACGAUAGGUAUAUUGCACGUUACAUAGCCAGUGGAAGACCUCGUCCCCUAUUAGUAGCGUUAGGAUUGCGUGACCAGUUACUGGAUUCAACUAUUCCAGUUGGGGAGCACGAUUGUAAAAUGGAUAUGAUUAUUACGCCGGAGGAAGUGAUACAUCGAUGA